GGAGGGGGGUCACACAGAAGAGGAAAGACAGCAGAAAAAAAAAUGAGAAAGCAAUGGAGAAAUAAAAUGCAGAGGGAAGAAAAAAACCAGAAUGAACAAGCAAGAUCAGUGGAGAUGUGAAACAGUGAAGGAUCAGAGGGAGGGGGAGGUAAAGCCAGAUUUUUAUUGGAAGCAAUUGAAGUGGUUGCUAUGAGACCCGCUCCAGCAGAGGACCAGCAGGCAGCCUGUCGCUGAUGGUUCUUGUCGUGCACCAAAGCUUUCCUUUGACACAGUUUUAGAGUUGUUUACUAUCUGAGCAAGCACCUGUCACGGUGACUCUUUUCUUCCUUUUUUUCCUCCUCGGGUCCCCCGAGUAAGAUGGAAGUAGAAAACGAAGCCCACUGCUGCCCUGCCAGCUCAUCAGGCGGGUCCAGAGAGUACAAGGUGGUAAUGCUGGGCGCAGGGGGCGUUGGUAAAAGCGCAGUCACAAUGCAGUUUAUAAGCCACCAGUUCCCGGACUAUCAUGACCCCACGAUCGAAGAUGCUUAUAAAACCCAGGUGAGGAUUGAUAAUGAGCCUGCUUACUUAGACAUCUUGGACACUGCUGGUCAGGCAGAGUUCACGGCCAUGCGGGAGCAGUACAUGCGUGGGGGAGAAGGCUUCAUCAUCUGCUAUUCUGUCACUGACCGCCAGUCAUUCCAGGAGGCUGCCAAGUUCAAGGAGCUUAUUUUCCAGGUCCGUCACACCUAUGAAAUUCCCCUUGUGCUAGUGGGUAACAAAAUUGACUUGGAGCAGUUCCGUCAGGUAUCUACAGAAGAAGGCAUGAAUCUUGCUCGAGACUACAACUGUGCCUUCUUUGAGACAUCUGCAGCCCUGCGAUUCGGUAUUGAUGAUGCUUUUCAAGGCUUAGUGAGAGAAAUUCGCAGGAAGGAAUCCAUGCUGUCCUUGGUGGAGAGGAAAUUGAAGAGGAAGGACAGCCUGUGGAAGAAGAUAAAAGCCUCACUGAAGAAGAAGCGAGAAAACAUGUUGUGAGGCUUUGCUUCCGCAUCCUGUCUCUCUCUGUGGGUUUUAUCAACCAGACAAUUGUUUAUAUCUCCAUCUCACUCUCUCUCUCUCCAUCUCUUUCUCUUUCCUUCUCCCCCCCUCUCUCACAUACACACACACACACA